CUCACAGAUAUUUUACAUUGGUGCGCUGGCGAACCUAGUGAGGAAAUUCCAUCGCAGGAAAAGGGAGGGCGCAAAACGCACAAGCGGCAUAAAUAAUUGAUCGGUCUUUUUUCCCGUUAGAACGUGGGACGUUUCGGAAGGUAGAACUCCAUGUGAUCCGAGUUCCUUCACCAGCAGCUGCAGUUCCUUUCGCAAACACUCGCGCUGCCGCCGUGCAGGAAGCAACAAGGACGUCCUUUAGCCAGGAAAAACACAGGGAUGCGCUGCGCGAGCUGCUAAGAAUUCGCCUCUACUAUUUUUGUGAACUUCAAUCUGGAGGGUUAAAUUGUCUCUCUGAAAGAUACAAAUCGUCCGGACAGGUCUGGCAACAAAGGAGUACUUCGUUUGGUCAAUCUGAAUGUGAGAUCGUCGAAGUAACAGGAGACAGGGACGAAAAGCCAUCAUCAUGGAUUUUGUUAUGAAACAGGCGUUGGGAGGGGCAACCAAGGACAUGGGUAAGAUGCUGGGAGGGGAAGAAGAGAAGGAUCCCGAUGCAGAGAAAAAGGAGGAAGAAAGACAAGAGGCCCUGCGGCAACAGGAGGAGGAGAGGAAGGCCAAAUACGCAAGGAUGGAGGCGGAGAGAGAGUCCAUGAGACAGGGAAUCAGGGAUAAGUACGGCCUUAAGAAGAAGGAGGAGCGCGAAGCCGAGGCCCAGGCCGCCAUGGAGCAGGCCUCCGAGGGGAGCCUCACGCGCCCCAAAAAGGCCGUGCCGGCUGGCUGCGGGGACGAAGAGGAGGAGGAUGAGGGCAUCAUGGACACGGUUAUGAAGUACCUCCCCGGUCCUCUUCAAGACAUGUUCAAUAAAAAGUAACAGCGCUGGUCACAUUAUUGCCACUUAGUUUAUAUCACCCCCCUCCUCCAGCCCACCGCCCAACCACUGCCCUCCCCAGAGACUUAGAAACAUAGUUCCCUAAAUUAACCUGUUUUCUUUGUAAAUAGCCUCUGACUAAAAAAAAAGGUUAAUAAAUAAAAAAUAUAAAAUGUAUAAAUUACUAAAAAAUGUAUCGAAAUUACUAAGAGUAUAAGCCAUACUUUUACCUUUGAAGUGGCGUCACUUUUUUCGUUUUGUUGUUUAUGUUAGAUAUAUAAAUACGUGUGUGUUCAUUAAACCUCCAAUUAUGUGAAGUUAAGGUCCUAGGUCAGUGUUUCCUGGCCUACCAUGUGCUUUGAUGUGAUUAGCAAUGACCACACUGUUGUAAACGUUGAAAAGUAGUUCUACUCGAAUCAAAGUGGUGUUUAAAAAGCAUGCCAGUAACCAUAUCCUGUGUGAAUAUAUGUAUUUCCCAUUUUGUUUUUGUGAAUUAGAUAAAGAACAAAGGCAAUAACUGCUUUUCCUAUAUUAUUCAGACGUAGAUUACAUAUGUGUUUAAACGUUCCUCUCACCUACCAUAUGAAGUGACGUCCUACAUUAAUAAGCUUUUGUAACACGAUGAGAUUUGGAAAUAAGCUUAUUGUGCACAAUUAUUAUGUUUCAAUGGAUGUACUACAAAUUAAUUUAGGUUCAAUGUUUCCCACCAAGCUCGAAAGCAGGCUUUCAUUGAUGACCUUUGCCGUAGUGCUUUUUGGCCUUGUUGUGAGAGUUCCGUCAUUACAAAAUAUAAUAAAACAAUAAAAAUCACAUCACAUAACAUAAACACAUUUGGAUCUAGAGGGCUAUGUGUUUUCUCUUGCCAUGUUUAUAAAUGUAAAUAUUAAGAGUUGCUUGGUGUUAAAUUAGAUUUAAUUCCCAAAUAUUUAAAAUUAUUUUUUUUGCGUAUUCACUUUAUAUGAACAGACGGUGACAAUGGUGCAAUAUUGUCGGUACUGAAGUUGUCUUGUGUCAGUUGGUUUAUUAAAGGGAAUUUGAUUGUAGAUCAGCAAUAAGAGACAAUCUUCAUUUUGUGUGCUCCAGUUAUUUAGUAGGCAGUGUUAAUGUUUCAGAUAUAGUGUGUUGUUUGCUGAAACUGGCCAUACAUUCAAUUUAAUGUGGAAUUCCUGAUAAAAGCCUUGUUGGAGUAGGCAUCCAGAUUGAAAGCAGUAGAUUGUGAUGGUUUCAGUUAUAAUUACGUGAACUACUGAAAAUAUAAGAUGGGUAGGUGUGUCCCUUUUAUAUAACGAGUGAGUGCAAUGCAAGCUAGCUCAGUUAGCAUUCUUAGCCCAGUUUCAGUGUAACAUUUCAAAGGAAAAUACUGUAGACACACUUAUAUAUAGGGAACCUAUAGCCCUUGCAAAAGGGCCUGCUCUGUAUGUAGUGUUUUAAUUUGGUAUAUUAUUCAUUCAGACACCAGGGGAGAAAAGUAUGGGAAUUGAUUUCCUCAAUAAUAACAACAUGUUAUGAAUAAUGAAUUAGGAAUAAACCAAAAUGCCAUGAAAGACUCUGCUAUGCAGCUCUCUAAUAUGUUUAUAGGCUUAUCCAAGAGAGAAAUUAGGGAAUGCCCUAAUUGGUAAAAUGGAAUACAAAUAAUUUUGGUGAAUCCUGUUGUGUCUUAUUUUUUUAAUUAAUUGAGGGCUGUGCGGUUUCCUCCAUUUAAGCUAUAUGUGAAGAGUUUAAUCCAAGAAAUGGAGGGUUCUGAAGCUUUGCACUUUUUGUUUGUUUGAUUUUUUGGCGCCUUUAACAACACACCCACUAACUCCAGGUAGUUUGCGAGCAGCAUGUCGAUUUAAGUGACCCAAACAAAUGAGUUUAGUACUGCCAUUAGAUGGAACCCAUCACAUCAAAUCAGGGAUAGGAUAUUUAGAUAGGGCUUUCACUGAAUGAGAUUUUGAGGAUUUUUCCUGGAAUCAGUUCCUGUAUUGAGUUGUCUCUCUUCCUUUUCUCCUUUCUCUAAAUGUAGUCAACUGGUCACAGUAUCCCUGUGAUAUAAAGCCCUUUCAAUACAUUCCAAAUAUUCGGAACAUUCCAGCUAUCUAAUUAUUACAAAACUCUUUUAGUUUAGUUUUAGUUAUUCCAAUAUUGAACUCUUCAACCAUACGCACUUGUUGAACCAGUGAUGGUGACACACUGUGUACUGGGUGUCCUAGAUCCUGAAAACAAUAUUCAUAUAAUAAGGAUGUUUUCUGAGUCUGUUUUGAGCUCUGUCUCAAUUAUUGCGAGCAUUUUGUCUUUGGUUCCAUUUAAAUCUCAAGAGAGCCUUCACAACAAAAGGUCCCCAUGUGGGUGUAAAGUUUUUAAACUGCCUGCACCUUAAGGUAACUAGGUUUAAACACACAGGCGCUAGGAGGGGGAACCCCUUAGCUAAAGCACAUUUUUAUAUGUACUUUUGCAGGAACAUAAAACUGCCAUGGAACUGAGAAUCCUGCCUACACUUUUGAACAAACAAACAAACAAACACAAAAGAAACCUGAUAAAUCCUGAAUAUAGUUUUUAAAUUAUAUUUCCCAUUUUGAAGUUGGACCAAAACCACUGAGUGAAAGACAUCAGAAUGGCUGUUGUAUGUACGUUAGAUCAUUAAAACAUUGGCUGAUAGUUCUGCAUUCAUUUCCACUGGAGUGAUUACUUUUCAUCCUAAUUUAGCUUUUCCUACUAAUAAGCAUGAUUUAUUUUUACACCAAGUCCUCUGUUUCCAGAUGGCUAAUGUGUAUGAUUCCACAACGCCUUUGUUCAUUUUGCCAAAAAAAUAGCAUUGAUAUUUAUUUAUGUAUUUAGCUACAUGUAUCACAAGUCAGGGUGAACUAUGGACUACUUACAGAACUAUAUGGUAGAUCUCAUCAUAAUUCAGUGACUGGUCUUGUUAGUCUUAUCCAUACAUUUUAAAUAUAAACAGAUGAUUCACAGGUUACAGAUUACAUGAAAUGACAGUUUUGCACACUUUUAUUUGUGACAGAUGUUUGGAAAUGGCCAUAACAAAAUUGUUUUGUUUAGCUGCAAUUCACUGAAUGAUGCUGCUUCAACUUUUUUAAAUAUAUAUCUGCAUGCUAAGUAUAUGUCAUUUGACAAUCCAUGUUUUUAUUAAACCAAAGAAUUCCUGUUAUUUUAGAAAUGUUUGUGUCUUGCUUAUUUUGUAGAAUUCAGACCUAUGAACUUUGUGUGGUUUUCCAUUUCUCAGCCAUUUCAAGUGAGCUCAGGUAUUUAACAUUUUCUUCAUUUAUUCCAUAGUUUUUUGGGAUAUUCUGUGGUCAUUGUAAUGUUUUCUCAUUUGAAAGAGAGAAAUGGGGGGAAAAAGAAAAAGAGAAAAUCUGCUCUACACAUUUUUCCUGGGGAGAGAGAGUGAAUUUUAUAUCAAUGGUUCCACUCCUUAAUUCUCUUCCUAACGUAUUGUCAACAUCAGAUACCAAACCAGCUGUGCAAAAUAGUCAGUAUACAGUACAUAUAUACAUACAUAUUACACAUACAUACAUUCACAUACAGUAUAUUACUAUAAUACAACACUUGACAUUAAUAAAUGUCUUCUUGCCAUAAUGUAUGCCAUGGCUAAUUUAUAAACCUGUACGUGUAGUCAUAUAAAAAUAUACGUGUAAUAAUCUAUAAGAGUUGAAGGAUAACUGAAAUCAGGCAAAAUCCCUCCAAUUCAAACAGCUAUUAUUGACGACUUCUAUUCAGUUCAGAAGUCAAGGAAGGAAUCUUUUUGUUUUUAAACACACCCCAGUGUAAUUAAUUAAUGUUAUUAUUAUUAUUAUUAUUAUUAUUAUUAUUAUUAUUAUUAUUAUUAUUAUUACUAUUAAGACAAGCCUAUUGAGACAUUCCUUCAGUGUAACCUGAAUGUAAACAUUUGUUUCUCUGCUUUUUCUUUUUCCAUAUUUUUCUUACUUAGACGAUGCUGAUUCUGCAGUAUAUGUGUGUGUGUGUAUUUGUGUGUACUGUAUGUGUGCAUAUUUGUUUGUGUCUUCUUUUUUACAUGUAUGCGGUCCAAUUUGUGUCGUCUGGUGGCUGUAAUGAACAAUCUGUAUUUUUUGUGAUAUUUAGUGUAUUGUAAGUGUGUUCUGAUAUCCUGUCGCCCCUCCCUUAUCUCUGUUUGCGUGCAUGGCUGUGUUUUUGCUAAGGUGGAAAGAUUAUUAAGAGGCUAUUGUGUGUCUUCAGUCUUUAUAUUCCCACUGCAUGCCGUCCAACCCUGGUAUUUUAGUCUGUAACGUCCUGUCCCAAAUGAAAUCACAACUCGCUGAUAAUAAAGUGAUUUCCUACCAUC